AUGUUAUCAAAAAAAACAAGAGUAAUUGUAAAUUCUCACAACGAGCAAGAUAUCGCGUUCAAUAACUGUGAUUUGGAAAAUAAUCUAAAUGUAGAAUGUAGCCCAACUAGUAAAGAAAGGAUCCAAAAACAAUCUUUUGAAACAGAAAAGAACGCUAUCGAAUUAGUCACAAAAAUAGAAACAGAAUGGAUUCUAAUAUCAUCAGCUUCAUAUACUACAAAAGAUGCAAAUAUAAAUAAGAAUCAUAAGUUUUUUAAAGUAAAUUAUUCGGAAGAAUUGGAUUAUAGUUUAUCAUCAUUCAAAGCAACAAAUACAGUUAUAAAUGAAAUCAAGAAUCAAUUGCAACAAAUGGACAAUGAGCAGCUGGGAAAAACUAUAUUGGAUGAUUUAUUAACUCUCUUCAAAUAUAAUGAAAACGAUAAAGAAUAUUUAGAGAAACUCACUGCAAUAAAAUCUCUCAUGUCUUUUAACAAAAUACAAUUUUUUCAGAGUUUACGAGAUAAUAUACGAUAUAAAAAAAUUCUAGGCUUUAUUUACCACUUUGGCAUUAACGUUGAGAAAGAUUAUGAUCAAGCCUUGCAAUAUUAUCAACAAUCAGCAGCCCAUAGAGAUGGAUGCUGUAACACAAUAUUUAAUUGGAAAAUUAUACAAUGA